ACAUUAAUGUAUCAAGAAGCUUUUGAGGAAUUGAAAGAAAAACUUAUCACAGCUCCAGUUUUAGCAUACCUGAAUUUUUUAAAACCUUUUAUCCUUUUUACAGAUGCAUCAGAUUUAGCACUAAGCACUAUUCUUUCUCAAUUGGAUAAUGACGAAAAAGAAAGACUGAUCACUUAUGCAAAAAGUUUGUUAGGGAAAUUAACUGAAUCAUACCUUCAGGCUAAAAAUAAUAUUAUGAAGACUCAAGAUAAACAAAAAGCAC